AUGCACAUUAUAUACACUGCCAUCUCAGCGUGGAUGCAGCUCUUCGAGCGCAGGAGCACGCACAAGGAACACACCGGUGAUACUCACUGCGCCCGCCGCAGCGCCGUCCGGAUCGGGGAGCCGCGGCCGACACCGGGGAGGACGAAGCGGGGCGUGGGCGGCGGCGGCGGCGAGGGAGAGUGGGCCGGCCAGACCGAAGGCGAGGUUGCGGAGGUCGAGGAACAAGAGGGUGCGGAGAACGGUGCGGAGGGCGUGCAGGGUGUCGCCACAGUCGCGGAGGGCUGGGUCUGGCAGCCGGCGUAUGGCGACGUGGUAGACGACAGGGCUGGGGUGGGGGCGAGCAAGAAUGGUCACGGCCGUCCUAUGUGGGACGGGGAACGCCCGGUCAACUUUCGUACAAUCGCCACAGACGUGAAGGGUGAAAACAGGGUGGAGGGAAGGCGUGGAUGCGCAGUCAGGAGAUACGCACUGGUUCUGGACGUCAACAAGUCGCUUCGCGUGGACUUCUGCCAAGUGGACGACGGGUCUUCAGCAGAGACCGUGUCUGCUCGUGGUCAAUUUGCAUCCUAUCCCUUUCCGUCCGAUUCCCAUUCAAACGGGGGUCAUAUCAUUAUGCAAGACAAGGAAGGUCAGCACACUUCAUGGAACAGAAACGUGUACGCUGUUUGCGCCCUCACGGGCGGACUCCAGAAGAGCGUGGAGCGGAGCCACACCCAGCACGAUGUGACCCACACGGGCACGGGCAGCGGCGAGGUCUCCGUGAGGGUGUCCGAAAGGCGCGAGAACAUGGUCGCGUUGUUCGCGUACGCGUCCUCUUCCCAGCGCACCCCGUUCGUCACAGCUGCGGCGCACUCGCACGCGGUUGGGGAGAUGAUUGAGGGUGCAAGGGCGUGGAGUGCGGUGGAGUUCCCAAUCUCGAGCAAGCGACCUAUAGGUCUCGGCAGGUAUAAAUCGGGCGGUAGGUUCAAAGAAGAGCUACUCGGAGACCGUCUUACGGGUAACAACGAGCGGCGGGUCCGCGAGGGGGAUGGCAUGUGCAGACGGGAAUGA